CAUUAAAACCAAGGACAAUUUUCGAUACCAAGAGGUUAGAUUUAAGGUUAGAUUUAUUUUGUAUAUCAGGAACUUGGUCUAAAGCGUUAAAACCAAGAACAAUUUUCAGUAUCAAGAGGUUAGAUUUAGG